CCGAACAGAAUAGGAUGCAUGUUUGAUUCGAAGUACUGGAGCUCGUACUGACGAAGUGGCUCAAGAGUAUGCACUCAGAUCCAGACACUGACAGCGAGUGACCAUUUAGAGUCGGGCUCACCGUGGUGACGAUGAUACAUUCCAUGCGGACAGAGGAGAAAGAAGGAGAAAUAGAAGGAGAGGGAAGGCAGUAAGAGGUGAUGCAGGCAAGCAAGCGGGAGUCUGAACGUGGGCCGGCCACUACAAGGGGUCGGCAAAUGCACUGAAGCACUUACAUCCGGAGGAUCGUCCAAUGUCGCAUGAUUGUGAUUCUUCCACUUGUCCACGCCAUGAGUUCGGAACUUGUAUGCCUUUCGAUCGCUGCGGGACCAAGCGAGAGUAGACAGGGAUGUGAGAGACACGAUGAUGAGAAUAUGAUCGAUUUCAUGAUCUUCAAACAACAGCUCAAGAGAAUCAAGAGAUCGUGAGCAAUUGUGCAGAGAGGAUGGAUAAAGAUAACGGAGAGCUUCAGGAGGCUGAACUUGUAUUUCAGCAUCACACUUACUACGUGUGUAUGCGUGAAGCUAAAGGAGUCACUUUGUCCAUCGAGGCCGAACGGAAAUCCGAUGGAUGUCGCUGGCGAGGAGACUUCACCUCCCGAUACAUUGAGGAGAUUACACAGCGGGUUGGCAACCUGAAAAGCUUCAAGACAUUUGUGGAGAUGUUAAAGUGCGCUAUCUUUCGAAAAUCUAGUGCUUUACACGUGGAUCUAUUGACAUAUCACGAUCUUGAGAAGCUUACCGUGAGGAGGGGAGCGGGUGAUUCUCAUUCGGCACACUCCCACAGCGCCUCAGCUUCAGACAAAAGGUACCUCAUCUUGACAUAUGUCACCGAGUUUGAUAGAGUUCAUUAUCCUUUGCCCCUUAUACACGAAGAUAAUGCAGAACCCGAAGCUUUGAAAAGAUGCAUUCAAAGGCUCCGGAGCGAACUCGACUAUAUGAAGGCUCAAGUGCGCAAGAGUGACUCCCAUCCUCGUUCACCUGAUAUCACAGCUAGGGCUUCUGAUCAAAAUGGCAACAUGUGUCACGGGGAAUCUCAAGUGCACGGAGAUCCAGCCGAAAGAAGAGGUUGUAGCAUGGAUGAGGCAGAAGCCAACCAGAGAACUAUUGCGAAAUUGUUGAGGAAAAACAGUAUCCUCAUGGAAGAGAUAAGACGAGCCAAAGAUGUGGAACAGAGAAUGGCAGCCAAGCUGCAAGAACAAGCUUUUGAGAUAGGUCUUUUGAAAGGACGUUUGUCGAUGAGAGGAGUCCGAGACGUGUCGCCCGCUCCAUCCCGCAGCUUCAGAGAUAUCUCACCUGUUCGAAGCAGGCCAAGACUAUACCCGGACAGUCCCAGCAGGCCAAGACUGGCUAAAAGUCCAAGUCUCGAAUCAAGAAGUGCAACAAGAAAGCUGGCGUCCCCUUCCAUAUCGCAACAAGGUUCUCGAUCAUCUGCGUCGCUCCCAGGCUCUAGAUCCUCGUCGUGCCCAGCAUAUCGGUCCAGAAGCGGAUCCGUUGAUUAUAGCACGCGAGAAAAACCACCAACACUCCCGCGACCAUUCUCGACGAGAACCACUUUACCAGCGAAGGAAAGGAGCACCGGGACUUUCAGUUCUAAAGCCUCGCGACCUUUGUCUUUCUCCUCGCAAGGUUCCAGUGACGACUUCAGAUCUAGACUGCUGUCACACAGUCGGGCCGACAAAGAAAAAGCUGAGAAAUUGAACAGGAAGAUUUCCCCUAGACCCAGGACCAUGCAUGCCAUGUCUGUUGAAGUGGAGGAAAUUGAUUCGAGGCUCUACGCACUUUGUAAUUACUUGAAGUCGUCGCAUGGCAAGUGAACACGCAUGGAGUGCCGAUAAUCGACGAUGACACGGCCACGUUUUGCACUCGUUUGCAAGAUCCAUGGUCUCAGGCCUAGCGAUAACUCGAAGACAAUGCCGUUCCAAUUUCUGCAGACCAUCCCGGCAUGCGGACUGCGGGAGAAUGUUACAGUGGCUUCAAAACAAGCUCUGUGUUGGAUGUGCAUAAAUUCUACGAACGAGUAAGCAGAUACUUCCAAAUUAAUCGACCAUAACUACUUCUCUGGGCGAAGGCACGCAAGGCUGGCGUCGAGUUCUAAGCCAUGAACAUAUCUGAAGCACAGCAUCAGUAACGUGCACGGAAUUCUGGUGAAUCAAGCUUCAGUCACAUCCAAUUACCUGAACUGGUAGAGCGCAUUAUGUCUCCUGCAGACAUUACCUUCGGGUCUUAAAAAGUAUUGUAACCUUUACAAAAUAUCUGAACAUCUGAGCUUUACACUGGAAAUGUUUCCAGUUUAGAACCAAUGGCAUAAAGAAAUGUUUAUGCAGUACAAUAUGAGACUCGGUUAUGAGCCCUAUGUGCGCUUUGGAACUGCGGAUUGAAAGAGUUGAAGAACUAUUGACUUGAAUUCAUGUAGUACAGUUGACUCAAUAUGAGAAGUUUGAAUUCAGUGCUUUGAAUAAUAGUUUUCUCAAACUUAUCUCACA